CAGGCAGUUUGAGCUCCGCGCUGGGCCGCUGAGCCGCAUCGAGCGUAAUCACUCCUCUCGUGCAGCGCUCGGAAGACUUGGAGACCUGUUCCUGGGACGCAGCCGCAGCUUGUUACGCCGGUAGCGUCUAUACCGGCUUUUUUAGCUCGAGCGCGCAGACGCCCUAAAAGCCGUCGCGCGACGUAACGAGCGUAACAGCGACCCGUAGCGGACGACCACAGCCCCUGUCGCCGUCGCCGCGCUAAAGAAACCGGUAGCGGAAGCCGACAGUCACAUUUGCCGCCACCGCGCAAGAACCGCGGACGCAAACCACGAACGUAACAACCAAUGGCGGACGCCGACGCCACCAUGGGCGACGCGCCGGCUUCUCGCCUGAUGAUCACGAAGAUGGUCCUCGAGAACUUCAAAUCUUAUGGAGGCGUGAGGGAGAUCGGGCCCUUCCACAAGCGCUUCUCAAGUGUCGUCGGGCCCAAUGGGUCCGGCAAGUCCAACGUCAUCGACGCGAUGCUCUUCGUCUUCGGCAAGCGCGCCAAGAAGCUGCGAUUGAACAAAGUCUCGGAACUCAUCCACCGCUCGGAACAGUACCCGAACCUAGAUAGUGCUAGAGUAUCCGUGCACUUCGCCGACGUGCUCGACGAGGACGGCGCCGACCCGGACUCAUUUACCAUCGUCGAAGGGAGUGAGUUAGUCGUCUCGAGGACGGCCUUCAGCUCGAACCAGUCGAAGUAUGAUGUCGAUGGUAAGGCUGCCACGUUCAAGGAAGUCGGCGCGUUGCUCCGAAGGAAGGGCAUCGACCUGGACAACAACCGCUUCCUCAUCCUCCAGGGCGAGGUCGAGCAGAUCGCCAUGAUGAAGCCCAAGGCCCCCUCGCCUCAUGAAGAAGGUUUGUUGGAAUAUUUGGAGGACAUUAUUGGGUCGAACAACUACGUCGAGCCCAUCGAGGCGGCCUCUCAAAAAGUCGACGAGGCCUGCGAAGCUCGAACGGAGAAGCUGAAUCGUCUCAAAGUUACGGAGAAGGAGCGCGAGUCCCUUUCAGCUGCUCGUGAUGAGGCCGAGGCCUUUGUUGGUGCCGAGGACGCGUUGAGGCGGCAGCGGAACUUGUUAUAUCAGGUGUCGCGGCACGAGGCCGCGUCGAACGUUGCUCUUGUUGAGGGUCGGCACGCCGAGCUCUCGCAGCGAUUGAAGGAGGAAGGCGAGAAGCGCAAAGCCGUAGAAAAGUCUUUACAAGGAGACGUCGCCGAGGCCAAAGCGCUGGAGACGAGCUAUGCGGAGGCCUCGAAGGCGCUGGACGAGGCGUCGAGUCGAGCGACGGAGGCCGAGAAGCGCGCCGCCGAACUCACGGAAGGGCGGAAACAUAGAGUCGUAGCUCUACGGAAGGCCGAGGCCGCGAGGAAGAAGGAGCAGGCCGUGAUUCAGGAGAAGGAGGAGUUCAUUCGCGAGCAGUUGGAAGAGGAGCAACCUAGGUGCGCCAAGAAGGCUGAGGUCAUGUCCCGCAAGGCCGACGAGGCCGAGGCGGCUUUGGAUGGGGUGCGGGAGGCCUGCGCGGCCGAGACGGCCUCGGCGCAAAAAGCUCUUGACGAUAAAACUUCCAGUGAUUUGGCGCCGUUGACGGAGAAGCUCUCCGAGGCGGAAGCGGCGGUGCGCGAAGUGCAAGAUGAGUUGGACGUGGUCCUGGACGGCCCCCGGGCCGCGCAGACCGAACUAGAAGCCGUGGAGGCCAAGCUCGCGUCGGCCGACGAGGAACGCGCCGGUAAGGAAGAGAAGCUUCGAACAGCGAAGAAGGACGUGGCUGACCUGCGGAAGAAGGCGUCGACCUACGAGAAGCAGCUCGGCGAGGACGGGUCCCUCGUGAAGAAGCGGCGCCAGGCCGAAAGUGCGCGGGAUGCGGCCCUCCAGCGGUUAGAAGAUGCGAAAGCACUUCUACAGCGCCAGAAGGAGAGCAACAACAAGGCCAGCAAUAGUGUGGUCGGCGAGGUCCUCAAGGCCGCGAGGAAAGGGUCUCUCUCGUCAUGUGGAGUGUGCGGCCGACUCGGCGACCUAGGCUCGAUAGACCCCAAGUACGACGUCGCCGUGUCGACGGCGGCGGACAUGCUCGAUCAUGUGGUCGUCGAGACCGCUGCCGGGGGUCAGAAGUGCAUUGAGUUUUUACGGGCCAAAAACUUGGGCCGGGCGAACUUUAUAGUGUUAGAUCAGGUGAAGAAGGCCAAAGGAAAGCCGACGACGCCGGAUAACGCUCCGAGACUACUUGACUUGAUCGAGAUCUCGGACCCGAAGUACGCCGAUGCCUUCGCGAUGACGCUGCGGGAUACACUAGUUGCGGAGUCGCUCGACGAGGCCGUGAAGCUCGCCUAUCGGCCCGACAAUUCGCGGUGGAGAGUCGUCACGACGAAGGGUCAACUUAUUGAUACCUCUGGUACCAUGUCAGGAGGUGGGGGCAAACCGCGGCAAGGGAGGAUGCUGUUGGACGGCGAAGCUACUGUUGCCAUCGCCCAAUGUGCCGCGCAGGAGGACGAGGUCAAGGAAAAAGAUUUACCUCCCUUGGAGAAGGCUUGUGUUAAGGCUACGAAAGACGCGGAAAAGGCCUCUGAACAAGUGAGAGUAGCGGAGGAGGCGUUGGCUGACCUGGAACGGCAGAUCCGUCGUUUAGAAGAUCUCGUGAUGCCGACCUUGGAAGCGGAGAUCGGCGCGGUCGAAGCGACGUGCAAGCAGCUCCAGCCGCGGCUCGAGACGUUGCGGAAGGCUACCGUCGUCGAUGCCGCGACGAAAAAGAAGUGUGCUGCCUUAGAGAAGAAGCUUGGAACCUUGGAAGCGUCCAGAGACAAGGCCAAGAAGGCCUUCGACGUCGUCGACGCCGAGGUGCAGGAACUGCGAGCCGCGGUCGUCGACGCGGGCGGCGACCCUCUCAGAAAAGCUCUGGCCAAGGCGGAAAUUUGCAGACAAUUAGCCGACGACGCGUCCAACGAAGUGGAAAGCAUUGCCGUGCAGGUGAAGGCCGCGGAGAAGGCCCUCAAGAAGGCCAAAAAAGCCUACGACAAGGCCGACGCGGAUGCUACGCGAUUAAAGGAGGAUGUCGAUGGCUCGCAGGAGGAGCUCGAGCGAAUCGCCGCGGAGAAGGAUGAGGUCUUACAAGCUAAGGUACAAGCCCAGCAAGCUUGUGAUAGCGCGGCGAACGCCCUGUCCGUGAAGAAGGCUGAAUUAGAAACCUUAUCCCAGGACGCCGACGCCAUCAAGGCCGUGGAAGUGGACAUCCAGAAUCAAGUGGAUGACUACGCGCGCGCCUUGAAGGACAACGGCAAAAAACAGAAGCAGUGCGACGCGUUGCUCAAGGAAUUGCGAGCGGAGCACGCGGCGGAAGUGCGGGACUUCGCCCAAGUGUUCCAGGAGAUGGAUGCUCGGAAGCGGGAGGAGGCGCGCGAGGCGGCGUUAGUCGGUGGCGCCGCGCCGAUGGACGAGGACGCUCCGCCGCCGGUGCCGGAGGAGGGCGCCAUGGACGAGGACGCGGCACCGGCCGACGCCGACGCUGAUGCGCCUCCGCCCGUACCCGAGGAGGGCGACGGCGCCGCACCGGCCGAGCCGGAGGCGGCUGCCGCCCCUCCGCCCGCGCCCGAGACCGACGAGCGGCCCUGGGAGACGCUGCCUUCACUAGAUACGGAAACCUUGAAGAGCGCCGACAAGGAGCAAAUUAAAUAUGAUAUAGCGGUCCUGGAAGAAGAGCGCGACCGCCUCAAGAAGAUUUGUAAUCUGGACACGAUCCGCCAGUACCGCGAGAAGGAGUCCGAGUACCAGGAGCGACUCACGGAGCUAGAGAAGGCGACGGACGUGAGGAACACCUGUCGGGAGAAGCUCGAGGACUUGCGGAAGAAAAGAUUAGAUGAGUUCAUGGCGGGAUUUGCCAGAAUCACAUUAAAGCUCAAGGAGAUGUACCAGAUGAUCACGUUGGGCGGCGACGCGGAACUAGAGUUAGUCGACUCCUUAGAUCCGUUCUCGGAGGGCGUCGUGUUCAGCGUACGACCGCCGAAGAAGUCCUGGAAGCACAUCGCGAACUUGAGCGGUGGCGAGAAGACGCUGUCGUCCUUAGCUCUAGUCUUCGCGCUGCACCACUACAAGCCCACGCCGCUCUACGUCAUGGACGAGAUCGACGCGGCGUUGGACUACAAGAACGUGUCCAUUAUUGCGAACUACAUCAAGGACCGGUGCACGUCGGCGCAGUUCGUGAUCAUUUCUUUGAGAAACAACAUGUUCGAGCUCGCGGACCGAUUAACGGGCGUCUACAAGACGCACAACGUGACGAAGACGAUCACGAUCUCGCCGGCGGCCUUCGCGGCGACGCUGUCGGGGUUGCCGGCGCCGCCCUCGAACGCGCUCGGCGACGCGACGAACACUGCUGUUGCGGCGCAGUAGACCCUUCCCCCCUCCUAAGCUCUCUG